UAAAUAUUAGGCCUUUAGAUUUUGAGUUCUUCAGUAUUAAUCAACUCCCAUUUUCUUCUUUUCCAACAAUCAGCAGUUAAAAUUUUCCCAUAUUACAGGGAAAAAAAUGGAAUUUAGUUAGUCAUGUGAUAGCAGAAGUGUAGUGGUCAGGGAGAAGGGAGCAGGUAAGGCAGUAAUAAGGCUAAAAAUAAAAAUUGAGGUUAAAUCGCAACGAACGGAGCGCGGCAGUGAGAUGCAGGCAAAGCUGGCCUGGCCCGGCGGCAUUGAAACGGCCGUCAGGCGCCUGGGGGUGCCUCUGUGCAGCAGGCCGGGGCGACCCAGAGCCACAGGGAGGCCUGCGGGGCAGCGCCGGGAUCCCGCUGCUGCCCGGUCAUUCCGCCUCUGCGGCGGCAGGGCGGCGGCCGGCAUUCGGCUGACACGCCCGAAGUAGCCCAGACGAGCAGAGAACCGACAUGCCGACAAUCGUCCCCCUUCCCCCCCAGGGCUCGGAGAGCCGCACAGUACGCUGCCCCACCCUCCCCGGGCGUGCGGAAGGCGGGGAGGCGGGUCUGCGUGAGGAGUAGGCGGUGCAGCGUAGCCCAGCCAGGGGGUGAGAGGGACUCCCGCAGGCGCCGAGGCCCGGGCAGAAGAUGUUUGGUGCAGGCGCUCUCCCGUGAAAAAGCUGCUGAGCAGGGAGCUGCGGCCUGAGCCUGCUGUGCCCCCGGCCGCUGGAGGGGUGGUACAGUGACUGCCGUGUGAGGGGCCGCAGCGGCCCGGCGGAGCCCGCGGUAGCGCCCGUCCUGGGAGCAUGCGGCGGCAGGAGGAGGAGUGAAGAGUCGAGGCUGCGUCUCCGCGUCGUCUUCUCACCCCUCGCCAGGGCUUCGCUCUCACGGGCUGAAGGCGGACUCCGUGAGGAAAAUGGAGCCGUUUCCCAGCGAUCGAAUUCAAUUACCCAGGAAUAUGAUUGAAAACAGUAUGUUUGAAGAAGAGCCCGAUGUGGUUGACUUGGCCAAAGAGCCUUGUUUACAUCCCCUGGAGCCGGAUGAAGUGGAAUAUGAACCAAGGAGCUCCCGACUAUUGGUGCGUGGCCUUGGAGAGCAUGAAAUAGACGAUGAUGAAGACGAUUAUGAGUCAUCAGCAAAAUUGUUGGGGAUGUCCUUCAUGAACAGAAGCUCAGGUCUCCGGAAUAACAUGUCUGUCUAUAGACAAAAUCCAAAUGGGUCAUGUUCGGUGCCCUCUACGAGGACCAUGGUGGUUUGCACAGUUGUUCUCGUGAUUGCAGUUUCAUUAAUAAUGGCGAUUUAUCUUCUUCCCAAAUGUACCUUUUCCAAAGAAGGCUGUCAUAAAAAAAAUCAUACAAUGGAACUAAUAUACCCUUUGGCAACCAAUGGAAAACUAUUUCCAUGGGCAAAAAUCAGACUUCCUCCUGAUGUUGUACCACUGCAUUAUGAUCUUGUCUUGCAGCCAAACCUAACUACUCUGAAAUUUGCAGGCUCUGUAAAGAUAGUUGUUAACAUUAUCCACGUAACUUGGAAGAUUGUACUUCACAGCUCAGGGCUUAAUAUCACCAAGGCAACCAUUACUUCAGCAGGAGGGCAUCAAGCAAAGCCAGUUGAAUUCCUGGAAUAUCCAUUGCAUGACCAGAUUGCAGUAAUGGCUCCUGAGGCUCUUCUUGUAGGACAGAAUUACACUGUCAACAUAGAAUAUUCAUCUGAUUUAUCAGACACCUAUUAUGGCUUUUACAAAAUUUCUUACAAGGAUGAGAAUUCUAAGCAAAGGUGGUUUGCAGCAACUCAGUUUGAACCUCUGGCAGCAAGGUCUGCUUUUCCGUGCUUUGAUGAACCAGCAUUUAAAGCUACUUUUUUAAUCAAGAUCAAAAGAGAUGAGAAACUUUCUACUCUGUCAAAUAUGCCAAAGAAAGCCACUACUCCUGUGACAAAUGGAAUUGUUCAAGAUGAGUUUUUUGUGAGUUUGAAGAUGAGCACCUAUCUAGUAGCCUUUGUUGUUGCAGACUUGAAAAACAUCAGUAGGGAAACUAAUGGGAGUCUGGUAUCUGUCCAUGCCAUACCACAGCAUCUAAACCAAGUUGGGUAUGCACUAAACACAGCAGUGAAACUUCUGGAAUUUUAUCAAAAAUACUUUUUCAUAAACUACCCUCUUGAAAAAUUAGAUCUGGUAGCAAUUCCUGAUUUUCAGUCUGGUGCAAUGGAAAACUGGGGCUUGAUCACCUUCCGAGAAACAACACUUUUGUUUGACAGUAAUACUUCUUCAGCAAGGGAUAAAAAGUUAAUAACUGCAGUGAUAGCACAUGAGCUUGCCCAUCAGUGGUUUGGCAAUCUAGUAACUAUGGAAUGGUGGAACGAUCUCUGGCUGAAUGAGGGAUUUGCAACUUUCAUGGAGUACUUUGCCAUGGAGGAGAUUUUUCCAGAAUUACAUUCAGAUGAAGAUCUCCUUAAUUUAAUUUUCAAGGCUAUGAUGAAGGAUUCCUUGAAUUCUUCACAUCCAGUCUCUUCUGCUGUUCAGUCUUCAGAGCAAAUUGAAGAAAUGUUUGAUGCACUUUCUUAUAUCAAGGGGGCUUCACUUCUUUUGAUGCUGAAGCAUUAUCUGACUAAGGAUGUUUUCCAAGCUGGCAUUGAGGUGUACUUGCAUAAUCACAACUAUGGAUCUGCCCAGAGUGAUGACUUGUGGGACAGCAUGAAUGAGAUUACCAAUGGAACACUAGAUGUAAAAAAGUUGAUGAAAACUUGGAUUCUGCAUAAAGGAUUUCCUUUAGUCACUGUUGUCCGAAAGGGAAAGAAUAUUUCUGUACAACAAGAGAAAUUUUUGUAUCGCGUGGAACCAGAAAAUUGGACAGCAGAUGCAAGUUACCUGUGGCAUAUUCCUCUCACCUACAUAACUAGUAGCUGCAACUUUACCCAUUGUACUAAUGCAUAUUUACUGGACCAAAAGUCAGCUGUCAUUGAACUUCCAGAAGAAGUGGAAUGGAUAAAAUUCAACGUGGACAUGAACGGCUAUUACAUAGUACAUUAUGCUGAAGACUGGAAAACGCUGAUUGAUCUGUUGAAAAAAAACCACACUGCUCUGAGUCCUAAAGACAGAGCCAAUUUGAUCAACAAUAUCUUCAACCUUGCAGGUCUAGGAAAAGAGUCUCUGGAAAAGGCCUUUGAGCUGAUUGAUUACCUUAACAAAGAGAGCAGCACUGCACCACUCACUCAAGCUUUGUUUCAACUGAGUCUUAUAUACAGCCUUUUAGAGAAAAAGGGUGAACAACAACUGGCAGCACGAGUCAUGCAUAGAAUAGAGCACCUGCUUGGAGAUAAAAUUGAUCAACAGCGUUGGACAGAUGAUGGGACCCUGUCUGAACGAGAGCUCCGGUCAACGCUGCUAGCUUUUGCCUGCACCCAUAAUAUGAGAAACUGUAGAACAACUGCCACUGAGAUGUUUGAGAAGUGGAUGAAGUCUAAUGGAACAAUGAGUCUGCCUAGUGAUGUUAUGAAAGCCAUAUUUACAGCUGGAGCCAAAUCUAGUAAUGGCUGGGAAUUCCUCCUAAAGAUGUACUCCUCUUCAGUUUCUGAAGCAGAGAAAAGCAAAAUGAUUGAAGCCUUGGCCAGCACAGAAGAUGUCAGAAAGCUGAUCUGGUUAAUGCAGAACUGCCUUGAAGGAGAAGUCAUCAGGGCACAGGAGCUUUCUCAUAUCAUAGCAACCGUUAGCCAGAGUUUGCCUGGAUAUCUGCUGGCCUGGGACUUUGUCAAAGAGAACUGGGAAAAGCUUACACGGAAGUUUCACCUAGGCUCAUAUACUAUCCAGAAUAUCAUUAGUUCAUCAACUUCUCAGUUUGCAACAAAGGCACAUCUACUUGAGGUGAAGGCAUUUUUUGAGUCAAAAUCAGAGGAGAGUUCUCAACUGCGUUGUGUGAAAGAGGCAAUUGACACAAUUCAGCUCAAUAUCCAGUGGAUGGAGAGGAACUUGGCAAAGCUACAAGAACUGCUGUAGUGUGCAUGAUGCCAUGGUGUGUCAGCCAUUUAGGAGCUCUGUGGGCAGUUGCUUUUUUUCUUUUGCAAAAGCCAGGGUGAAACCAGGCAUCACUGCAACAUUGUUUGCACUAUAAAGGAGUCUAGAUAGCUCAGGGUAUGUCUCAGAUAAAUUUUUAUUUUCCUUGGAGCAUUUAUGAGCAAGAUGUAAGUAUUUAUUCUGAAACUGUUUUCAUCUAUAGACCAAACAUCUGCACAAAUUAUUAAAUAUAAUUUUAUAUUUGAAACAUAUGCCCUUUCAUUUGGAGUUGUGUUGUAGUUUCUUAGCAGUGGGUUAAUUUUGACAGUUAGGGUCAGAAAGAGUUACCCUGGACUGUUACUUUUCUGCAGACUGCUCAUUGAGCAGUAGACUUUUUCAUGCAAAACUGUAGGUGGUUUCCACAUUUAUAGAUAUGGAAGCUGUUGUGAAACAAUGUCAUACUUCAGAUACAUAAGUAGUAGUGGAUCUUAUAAAGUACACCAGUUUGAGGCAAAAUAGAUACGGUUCCAAUUUGAUUUAAGUUUGGAUUUUUUUAUUUUCACAGUAUUUAGGUUUUACACAAAAAAAAUAAGAAUAAUAUCUCAUGCUAAUAGUUUGUACUUUAAUAUAUACAGUGGCUGGGUAGUAGUAUGGUAAAGAAAAAGCAGAUAGCAAACCCAAAUGUUUUAGAGAUGGGAUUUCCAGAAACACUGAUAUGACCUUGGAACUUUUACUCUAAAUUUAUUAGACAUUUUUGAGAAUCUCAUCAUUAAGCAUUGAACUUUAACUGAUUUUGCUGUAUUGAUCUCUGGGCAUCUGCACAAAAUUGCAUUUUUCCAGGUUGGUUCAUUUGUUAGACUGACUACUGAUUUGUGCCCUUUUAACUACUGAGUUGUAAUUUCACCACUUGUUGCAGAGGGUCUGCAAUUAAUAGAUAUGUCAGCCACUUCAUUUGGGUAAACUUCUGUUUUUUCCUUGCCUGAUAACCUGCAUAUCACCGUAUAAUUUCUGAACAUUGCUCGCUUUUUAUGACAGCUUUAGGAAAGCUUGUCAUUUAGAUUUUAAUGAUUUAUUCUUCUACUGUUGUGAAAAACCUUGUGAGACAAAUCUUCAAAGUCUUUUAAAGAAAAGGAUCUAAACCCCUAAUGUGCUACAUUAGAAAGGCAAAAUACCUACUGCAUCUCUUUCAAAAGCAGUGAAAAACGCCAUUGUUAAGGUAUAGCAUAUAUAUACAACACAUGCAAGAGCAAACAUACUUUUUUAACUGGAGAUCUGUUCUAUUUAUUUCACUACUGAUGCACCUUUUGUGUAAUUCUUGCAAGCAGAUUCAGACCUGUUGUCUUAUAAUCAUCCAAUUAUGUGAUCAGUUAUAAACUAUGAUGAAAGCACUAACAAUUAAAAAUUGUACUAUUUUAAUUAAACUAAUUUAAUUACAGCUACAGUAAAUUCUGAAGAAGAUGAUAGUUUGAAUUAGAGUUAAAUUAAUGGACUUAAAAAUGUGUCACAGAGUAAUUCAAACUGAAUGCUUUAAUAUAUGAAACUGCAGCAUUGGCUGUUUAUUUGGUUAGCAAAAAUUGUAAGCUAUGAUUAAACCAUGCCAUACUUUCCCAUCUUUUCAGAAUAUAUAUCAAAACUCCUGGAAAAGAAAUUACUCAUUUUCCAGCUCACAUUAGAAUUGCAGAUAUUAUUUUUAAUCUUGAAAUUAUCAGAAAGAAUGUUAGACCUUAAGAGUGUGCAAACAUUUGUUUGCCCAAAAGGCCCAGAAAUGAAUAAUUUUUACAUGCACUGAAGAAGAAACUGGCAGUAUGAGCAUUGAAAAUAAAUCAUACUUCCUUAUAAGUUAUGGAAUUAGAAUUGUAAUUAAGUAUGUUCUUGGAAUUUUUGUACUGCCAUGUGUUACAGCUUCAUUUCCUCCUUUAUUUUAAAUCUUUGGAAUAUCUACAGAAA